UAUCGUCCUCCGUGGCCAUGAAGGCCUUUCUUUUUUUUUCCUUUCUUCUUCCUGUUAGAACUGAGAACGCUGAAACGAUGAGCCCGGAACGACGAUGGGGAAGACCAAAGAAUGAUUCUUUUGGGGGCCGUCACCCUGCGACUGUGAAUUGGAGAAAGCUCUGCCGUUUGCUCGAGGCAAAUACCCUUCCCCCUACCAACCUAGUCUUCCUUUGCGAUUGGGAAGCAGGAAUAUAUGAGACCUCCUCCUUCAACCUUUGCUAAGAUUUGUCAGCCUUAGACGGAGAAGAAGCUUUGAGCUUUCCACAGAAGCCAAUAACAGCUGAGAUGUCUGGCGAACUGGCGAAGCAGGCGGCAGAGGUUUGGCGAGAGAUGAGGCCGCCAAUUGUUGUAGGGCUCCGAUGAUGCUGGACUAACAUAACUUGAUUGCCAUCUCCCCCUAGUCUCAUAUGAAAGGAGAAAAUACGAGUUGCUCUCUAUGUUCAGAAGGCAGCGCUGCAGUUUAUUGGUGUUCCGAUUGUCUUCUUGUGCAGCUGGUGGUCAACCUGAAUUCAAGCUCUCAAAGGAGAUUCAAGAAGCAGGCUUUGGUAUUGACCCUACUGAACUUGCCUCAGUUCAUGUGCAUGAUAUUAAGAAAUUGAAAAUUCAUGGGGGAGUUGAAGGACUCGCAAGAAAAGUUUGUGUGUCACUGAAUAAUGGUGUCAGCUCAGAUGACAUUCCUUCCAGGCAAAAGAUCUAUGGCUUUAACCAUUAUACUGAGAAGCCUCCCAGAAAUUUUUUGAUGUUUGUGUGGGAAGCACUGCUUGAUUUAACAUUAAUUAUCCUUAUGAUUUGCGCUGUGGCUUCUGUAGGGGUAGGGAUUGCCACUGAAGGUUGGCCAAAGGGAAUAUAUGAUGGCCUGGGGAUCUUAUUGAGUAUAUUCCUGGUAGUGAUGGUUACUUCAAUUAGUGACUAUAAACAGUUCUUGCAAUUUCAGGAUCUGGAUAAGGAGAAAAAAAAGAUUUUUGUUCAUGUCACUAGAGAUGGAUAUCGACAGAAAGUCUCCAUUUAUGACUUGGUUGUUGGAGAUGUUGUUCAUUUAUCUACAGGGGACCUAGUUCCAGCUGAUGGGGUUUUUAUAUCAGGAUACAGCUUUUUGAUUGAUGAGUCAAGCUUGUCAGGUGAGAGUGAACCUGUAAAUAUAUGUGAGGAAAGACCUUUUCUUCUUUCUGGAACCAAGGUGCAAGAUGGAUCUGGAAAGAUGCUGGUGACUGCAGUUGGUAUGAGUACUGAAUGGGGAAAGUUGAUGGAGACUCUGAGUGAAGGGGGAGUAGAUGAGACUCCACUGCAGGUGAAACUGAAUGGUGUUGCCACAGUUAUUGGUAAGAUUGGUUUGGCUUUUGCUGUGCUGACUUUUUUGGUGUUGACCAUGAGGUUUUUGGUGGAGAAAAAAAGCCACAAUGCGCUCACAGAGUGGUCUUCUAGUGAUGCAUUGAAGCUUUUGAACUACUUUGCUAUUGCGGUGACUAUAAUUGUUGUUGCAGUUCCUGAAGGAUUACCAUUGGCAGUGACACUGAGCCUUGCAUUUGCAAUGAAGAAAUUAAUGAAUGAAAGGGCACUUGUGCGACGUCUCUCUGCUUGUGAGACAAUGGGUUCUGCUAAUUGCAUUUGCACAGACAAGACAGGGACAUUGACGACAAACCAUAUGGUUGUCAACAAGAUUUGGAUCUGCAGAAAAUCUAAUGAUAUAAAUGGUAAAAAGAGCGAAAACGUUUUGAAAUCUAGAGUAACUGAAAAAGCUUUAAGUAUCCUUUUGCAGGCUAUAUUUCAUAAUACUAGUUCUGAGGUGGUCAAGGAUAAAGAUGGAAAGAAUUGCAUUUUAGGAACACCGACUGAAUCAGCCUUGUUAGAAUUUGGAUUGCUUUUGAGUGGUGAUUUUGACACCCAGCACCGGGAGUCUAUGAUUGUCAAUAUUGAACCUUUCAAUUCUGUCAGGAAAAAGAUGUCUGUGCUUGUCACUAUUCCUUGUGGCGGGUUCCGAGCAUUUUGCAAGGGUGCAUCAGAAAUAGUCCUAAGAAUGUGUGACAAGGUCAUUGAGAAGAAUGGGGAAUCUGUGCCUCUAUCACAAGAAGAUGCAAGGAAUGUUGCUGAUGUCAUUGAUGGCUUUGCUUCUGAAGCUUUGAGAACACUCUGCUUGGCUUUCAAAGAUAUAGAUGACACUUCCAGUGACAGCAUACCUGGUGAUGGGUAUACAUUGAUUGCAGUUGUUGGAAUUAAGGAUCCAGUGCGCCCUGGUGUCGGUGAUGCUGUUCGAAAUUGUUUAGCAGCUGGAAUUACUGUGCGUAUGGUUACAGGUGACAACAUAAACACAGCUAAAGCCAUAGCAAAAGAAUGUGGCAUACUCACAGUGGAUGGUUUGGCCAUAGAAGGACCAGAAUUUCGCAGCAAGACUCGAGAAGAGAUGAAAGAGCUAAUACCAAAAAUUCAGGUCAUUGCCCGUUCAUCACCUUCAGACAAGCACACCUUGGUUACCCACUUGAGGAAUACAUUAGGAGAAGUUGUUGCUGUCACUGGUGAUGGGACCAAUGAUGCUCCUGCGUUACAUGAGGCAGACAUUGGACUUGCUAUGGGUAUAUCAGGAACGGAGGUUGCAAAAGAAAAUGCUGACGUCAUCAUAUUGGAUGACAAUUUCACAACCAUUGUAAAUGUAGCCAAAUGGGGGCGUGCAGUAUAUAUAAACAUUCAAAAGUUUGUGCAAUUCCAGUUAACGGUCAACAUAGUUGCUCUCAUGAUAAACUUUAUUUCUGCGUGCGUCUCAGGAUCUACUCCCCUAACGGCUGUGCAGUUACUAUGGGUGAACAUGAUUAUGGACACCCUAGGUGCACUGGCACUGGCUACAGAACCUCCAAAUGAUGGACUGAUGAAAAGGCCUCCUGUUAGAAGGGGUGUUAGUUUCAUCACGAAGGCCAUGUGGAGAAAUAUCAUUGGUCAGAGUAUCUUUCAAUUGGCUGUCCUAGGAGUGUUCAAUUUUGCUGGGAAGCAGCUUUUAAGACUAAACGAUUCAGAUGCUACUGACAUUCUCAAUACUUUUAUAUUCAAUACUUUUGUGUUUUGCCAGGUGUUCAAUGAGAUAAACAGCCGUGAGAUCGAGAAGAUCAACAUUUUUCGUGGCAUGUUUGACAGUUGGAUAUUCAUAGGCAUCAUAUCCUUGACCAUUGCAUUCCAAGUUAUUAUAGUUGAGUUUCUAGGAGAUUUUGCAAGCACUGUGCCACUAAGUUGGCAACUAUGGCUGCUCAGCGUCUUACUUGGAUCAGUCAGCUUGCUUGUUGCUGUGUUCCUCAAGCUCAAGUACAUCCCUGUUGAAAAAGAAACUGUAAAGCACCAUGAUGGCUAUGUUGCAUUACCUAGCGGACCAGAACGUGCAUGAAAGAGAAGGAAAGGGUUACUGCAGUCGUUAUGUUCUGAAGCAGCUUCAAGGUGGAUGGUUUUUGACAAUUGUCAGUUUCCAUUUUUACAAGCUAGCAGUUCUUGAAGAAAAGCAAAGAUAGUGUAGGUUAGAAAAAUAGAAUGAAGUAACAGAGACAUAAGUUUAUGGUAUCUACUCUUAACAAGCAUUUUGAUAUUGGUCUUUGAGCACAGUAUACAGUUUAAAAGAAAAAAUUCUAUUGGCUAUUGAAGCCACUCUUUCCCA